AUGUCUAAGGGUGCUCAAGGAACCAAGUUCCGCAUGACGCUGGCUCUGCCCGUCGGUGCGGUCAUGAACUGCGCUGACAACUCGGGCGCCAAGAACCUCUUCGUCAUUGCUGUCAGCGGCAUUGGUGCUAGGCUCAACAGGCUACCAGCCGCCGCUGCUGGUGACAUGGUUGUCGCAUCGGUUAAGAAGGGAAAGCCGGAGCUCAGGAAGAAGGUUAUGCCCGCGAUUGUCAUUCGUCAGCGCAAGCCGUGGAGGAGACGCGAUGGUAUUUUCCUUUACUUCGAGGACAACGCUGGCGUCAUUGUCAACCCCAAGGGAGAGAUGAAGGGAUCCGCUAUCACCGGGCCUGUCGCAAAAGAAUGCGCGGACUUGUGGCCACGUAUCGCAUCCAAUGCCGGUACCGUCGUCUAA